UUAGGUGUGAGAGCUCUUUAGGCCUAGAGUGUAUUCUUUGAGGGCGAGAGUGAGAGAGAGAUCGAGGGCGAGAGAGAGAGAGAGAGUGAAGCGCUGGCUAUGGCGGACCGAGGCGGCGAAUCGCCUCCAUCGCGGCGCCUAUGAAUCGAUCCGCCGAUCUUUCAUCGCGCCAGCAGCGAAAUAUCGCGAUUGCCGCUUGCCCGAUCUUUCCUCGGCGCUGCGCCAUGGCGAUCCAAUAAUCAGGGCGCGAGGUCGCGGCAAGGCGGUGCGCUAUCGAUGGAUUUUGGCGAUGUGCUGUUUUGCAACGAGGAGAUUCUCGGCAGCCCUUGCGAGGGCAACAAUGCCGCUGUGGAUUUCUCCGGCGACAACACAUCGGAUGAGCCAGGGCUCCUGCAUUUCGAUGAUGCCGUCCCCUUGUCGAGCAUCGUCCAGCGCGAGUCCGGCCAUCUCCCCGACGCGGGAUAUUUCGCGGUCCUGAGGUCCGAGGAUGUGAUCUCUUCCGCUAGAUCCAAUGCCGUGUAUUGGAUGAUGAAGGUUCGCAAUGUCUAUAGCUUUAGCCCUCUCACGAUAGCGCUUGCUGUCAACUAUUUCGAUAGAUAUCUCUCCAAGCAGCUAUUGAGGACUUGGAAGGCAUGGAUGAUUGAGCUCUUGACGGUGGCCUGUUUAUCUCUUGCUGCUAAGAUGGAAGAGCCCGAUGUUCCAAUGCUGCAAGAUUUACAGAUUGAAGGCCUAGACCAUAUCUUUGAGUCGAAAACAAUCCAGAGAAUGGAAAUUGCCGUCAUGAAAUUGCUGGGCUGGAGGAUGGGCUCUGUAACACCGUUCUCCUACAUCGAGGGAUUGCUCCAAAACCUGGAUGUGAGCCGCAACAUGAAGCUGUCGCUGUUGAAUCGCACCAGUGAAGUGCUGGUGAAGACGCUGCCAGAGAUGGAUUUUCUCGCGUUUCCACCCUCGGUGGUCUCACUCGCAGCCAUGAGCUGUGCACUGGAAGAGCUGCUCCCUUUGCGGGCCGAAGCAUUGAAGGGGAGCCUAGCCAAAAUUCUCCCAACACCGCAGGAUCAACUUCGUCGAUGUUAUAGGUUGAUGGAGGAGUUGGUGGUGGAUCCGCUGUGCCCGCUUCUCUCCGUGAGUCAGGUUCUGGAAAACCGCAAGGCGUCGCCGAGCCCAUACAGCAACGGCGAGGUCUCGCAGACGGGUGAGAGCUACCCGGAUUGGGACGAAUCCGGGAAAGCGCAGCAUGCGUGCUCAAAGUCCGUGAAGCGGAAGCUGGACGAGUUUUUAAAGGCAGAGGGGUGACGGGGCACAGCAGGGCGAAAGGAUUUGGCUCCCAUUUUGCAGCGGAGGAUUGUAGAAGGAAGCAGGACGUCCGGCGAUGAGGAAUUUAGAUCACCCGAGUCUCCUGGGAUUGCUGGACGGUAGAACAUCUUCCUGUUUUUUUCCAUCAUGCUCGGGGUGUUCUGUGGUCCAACACUGCCCCUCUGCAACUUCUCAAGGAGAGACGAGGGGGUGGUGAUAUAGCAGACAGGCAACGAGGCAAAUUUGCGGCAAUGUACAUUCAGUAUGAUAUAGUCUGGAGUUAGGCGAUGGUUUUUGGAGCAGGGCUUUGGUUUUCACACAGGGAGAGACACACAACACACAAACACAGAUACAGAGACAAAAGACAACACACAUUCCACCACUACGGUUUUCGUCUUUUCAAGGGCGGGCUUUUUUCUCCUCGGGGGCGGAGGAUUUGGUCAGUAUCGGAAUGCUCGCUCCUCAGAAGUUUAAAGUUGACAACGGCGAGGAGGGAGUUAUGGUAUGUAAACUAUCUAUCAGCUAGAGCUACAACUACUACUACUACUACUGCUGCUGCUACUAAGUGAGGUGGGAUUUGCUACGCAAAGAGAUGUCAACGAGCCAGUUGAGGGGUCCAGUGGCCGUGAAGAUUGUCCCCGUUCCUUGGCCUUUAUUGUUAUGGUAGAGUGGCUUGUACCGUGAACCGUCGAAAAAGGAGCUGCACUUGGAGGUGGGCUUUGAUGGUUCUUUGAUUGUGAAGAAAGAAUUCACCCGAAGGGGUAUAAUCCAUCCACCAGAGCGGGCUCUUGUUUGGUGUCCGGCCGCGGUCCAUCCAUCGUA